GAUUUAUAUUUCUGUUUGCUUUCUUUUCCUACAGGAUUUGCCAAAUUUUAACGACAACAAUCGACUCCCUUGAUUUGUUUUUUGGUUCUCCUUUAUGCUGUCCUGGCUACUCUCUUCUCUUUGUUUCAGAUUUCAGUUCGUCCUUGUAUUGUGCAUUUUGUACUCUUAUUUGUAGGUUUUUUUUUUUCAAGGUUGUAGGAGUGUGUUCUCUACUGGAGCGGAUGUUUGCUGCAUUGGGAUUUUGGUUUCUCUUCUUUUCCCAGACUAUUGGCCAAUCUCUUUGGUUCUUUUCUUUCUCUGCUAUUUCUUUCCUUUGCUUUUCGCUUCUCUGUCUGCUUAUCUCCUAUCAUACUUUGCUACUACUUAUCCAGCUUCUUUUUCAUUUUUGUAACUUCUCUCCACUUCUCAGGAGGCUGUCCCUCUCCAAGGGUGGUUCAAUGAGGUGGCUCUAUUUUCCUGGUUCAGGUCCAUUCAUUGAAGCAUUGGGCAGCAAAUGGAUGGCAGCUUUAUCUUUAACUUCUGUAAACAAAUUUAUUGGCAAUAAGAGGCAGCGUCACCCAUUUAACUUCCUUGCAUCUCUGUUUACAUUUGCACUCGUUUUUGCUCAAGACUUAGCGACCUGGCCUGACUUGGCAUUGUCACAUUUGUCUAAGUUCUUAAAACACAUAUUACUUAGUCUUUUGUUUCUGUACUACUUUGUUUGCCAUGUCUUUUUUUCUUCUUGAUGCUAUUACUGAACCCACAAGAUUUUUUCCAUUUACGUCCAUCAGUUCCUUGACAAAACUUCGUUUACGAGUUAGCAACCUAUCUAGUAUACUACUACUUCAAUAAGAAAAAACAACAUGGAUCACGUAACUACUAUACAAUUAACUAGUUUUAACUCUUAUUAAUCAUUAUUUUUUCUUCAAUCUCUUUAAGCCUUCA